ACCUCCUGCUGGUGGAUUCUGGUUAUUUUGAUCUGUGAUGUUGAUUAAGAUCAAGAUAUUUGCAUCAUAACAUGUCACAUAUCACAUGUGUUGUGUGUUAUUGUGUGAUGUGAGGAUUGUGGACACUGAAUGUCUGAUUUGACUGUUUGCAGUGAGGAUUGUUCUUCUGGGUUCGAGCGUGUCUGAAAACAGUCUGGUGGGAAACUUCAUAUUAGGACGAGCAGCGUUUGACAGUGAAGCUCCUCCAGAUGUUGUAGAGAGAGUCGCAGGAAGACUGAAGGACAGACACGUGAUCAUCAUCAACAGUCCUCAGCUGCUCCAGACCAACAUCUCAGAUCAUCAGAUCACACAGACAGUGAGAGAGUGUGUCCAUCUGUCUGAUCCAGGACCUCAUGUGAUCGUUCUGCUCCUCAAACAUGAGCCGUGUUCAGCAGAAGAUCAAGAGCGUGUGGAGAAGGUGCUGCUCUCUUUCUCUGAGCGCGUUUAUCAACACACCAUGGUGCUCAGCACACGAGAGCCACUGAAACCAAUGACAUCCUGCAGAAAAUCAUUCAGAAAUGUGCAAACAGACACUUCAGUCUUCAGACGAGCAGCUCUCCUCAUGAUCUUCUGCAGACGCUUGAGGACAUUGUGAAGAUGAAUGAUGGACGACACCUGAGUUGUGCUGAAGUUCCAGAGUAUAAAAAGAUGAAUCUGGUUGUGUGUGGGAGCGACGAGACAUUAAAAUCCUCCAUAUCAGAGCCGAUCCUGCAGCAGACAGACAGAAGAUCAGAUCGUCAGAUCAGUCUGGUGGAGCUUCCAGCUCUGAUUCGUCUCUCAGAGGAGGAAGUGAUGCGUCAGACUCACCGCUGUGUGUCUCUCUGUCAUCCUGGAGUUCAUGUUUUCAUCAUCAUCAUUCCUGAAGCUCCAAUUAAUAAUGAAGACAAAGAAGAAAUGGAGAAGAUCCAGAGGAUAUUUAGCUCAAGAAUCAACAAACACAUCAUGAUCCUCAUAAAGCUGAAUUCAGAGCAUCAGACAGCAGAACUAAAUGAAGAAACACAAUCUGUCAUUCAGAUUUUUGGAGGAAGACAUCAGUUCAUUAAUCCCAAAACACAAGUGUCUGUGUUGAUGGAGAAACUGGAGCAGAUGGUUGAGGAAAAUAGUGGUGUUUGUUUCUCCACAGAGACACUGAUGGAGGCACAGAUGGAAAAACUGCUGAAAUUUGAAGAGAUGAAAAAGAAAAUUCAAUCACUAGAGACACAUUUACUGUCACGAGAUGUGAUUUUGAUUUACCCAAACUUCCUGUGA